UUUUUUUUUUUUUGGUUCAUUUUUUCGGAGCUGGGGACCGAACCCAGGGCCUUGCGCUUCCUAGGCAAGCGCUCUACCACUGAGCUAAAUCCCCAACCCUGGUUUUUUGUUUUUUGUUUUUUUGGUUUUUUGGUUUUUUUUGUUUUGUUUUGUUUUGUUUUGUUUUGUUUUGUUUUUUGAGACAGGGUUUCACUGUGUAGUCUUGGCUGUGCUGGAACUUACCCUGUAGACCAGGCUGGCCUUGAACUCACAGAGAUCCACCUGCCUCUGUCUCCUGAGGGCUGAGACUAAAGGCACUCACCAUCAGUGCCUGGCUGCUGGGUCACUUUUCUUAGUAUAGUUCUUUGAGUUUUUAUUAAGUGCUUUACUACUCAGAAUAGAUAAUUGCCCUCGGUACUGAGAACUGGGCUUAGGCCUGCGAGGUUUAAGAAAACACACAUACUCGGGUCGUUCUUGUUACCAGAAUGCCAAAGCUUUUACUGAGGGUCACAGAAUAUAUACCCCAAGUUCACCUGGUGAAGUCCAGGAAGCACAGUGGAAAAACAGGUGUACGCCCUCAGGAAGAAAAAGAAAAAAAGAAAAAGAAAAAAAACCGGGAACAAAAAACAGGAACCAACCUAACAGUGUUCCCGCCCAGGUGUCCCGCCCAGGUGUCCCGCCCAGGUGUUCCGCCCAGGUGUGGUACUGACCCAGGUGAAUGGAAAGGCCUGGGCAUUCCUUUGUUAGGAACAAAAGGCUUCCCCAUGCAUCUGCAAGGCUCAGCAGGGGUCACACACUUAGAUGAUAAUUCCCACAGAAUACCCUGAGCCUUACAUUUCACCCUAUCAGUGAGGCUGGUCAUUGCUUCUCUGUGACCAGUUUUGUUUUUCUGCCUGCCACUUCUAUGUCUUUUUCUUUUCCCACUAGAAUAACAGUUACAUGAGGGUAGUUUCUAAAGGUGGGCUUUGAAUUAUUGAUGAAGAAAUGACUAGUGAAUCAUGAUGAAUAUUGUAGGUAGAGCUCAUACACAUAAAAAUUCAUACACAUUAUUUAAUCUUUAAAAAAUGUUAUAUGCAUGAGUGCUUUGCCUGCAUGGUGUAUGUACAAAUCUUGUGUGUGCCUUGCGCCCUUGAAGUUUAGAAGAAAAUGUUGGGUCUCCUGGAACUGAGUUAGGAGUGGUUAUGAGCUACCAUGUCGAUGCUGGAAGGCAAAUUUGGGUUUUCUGGACGAUCCAUAAGUACUCUUAACCUACUCUCCAGCCUGUACACUCCCUCGAAGUCUUACGUCACAGGCAGGGAGGGUGGGGACGGUUCUGCCACUUAAAGACGCAAACACUUUUCCUUUUCCCACGUGGGUUUCUGUUUUAAUGUCUGAGGAAAGAGUAGCACCUAGAAUACCAAGGGUUUUUCCUUUUGUAGAGCUUUGUUCUUCUGUCCCUAAAAACAAACGUAUUAGUAAUUGUUUUUUCUUAGCAAAAUUAAAUGUUUGCAAGGCCCCCAAGACCUGGAGUCUACAUAUACCCAAGUAAGCUCGUCUUCUGGAAUCUGGCAUGACUCCUUUAAAAAGAAGAAGGCUAGUUCUCCAAGAGAAUUAGGCUUUCAGUUCUGUCCAGCACACGGACCUCUCUGGGCCCUGCAUCUGAAGUACAUGGGCAACCAAGGGCAACAGCCUAUAAGGUUUUGGGAGUACCUUGGAUAAUCCUGACCAGCAACUCCAAAGACGGCUUCUCAUGCUUGGUACUUUUCAUGGAUAAUGUCUCCUGGAGGGAGUGCGUAUGUAUUUAUACACUGACUUACGUGUAUUAUAAGUAGGCCAAUGGCAUGGUUGCGUUGGAUCCUUGACAUCCUUCCUGUUAGUUUAGCCUCCUUCCUUGUCCUGUACUUGUCUCCUUCCCCCUCCCUAGUUGGAAGCUCCACUUCCAUUCUCCUUAUAUGUCCUCUCCUUCCUCUUCCUUCCCCUUCCUUCCCCUCUGCAUUUCCUCCCCUUCUCCCCUUUGCUUUGGUGUGGAGGAAUGAAACCCAAAGGCCUGUACGUGCUAGAGAAAUGUUCCACCACUGAUCUACACCCCAAGCAUUUUCACGGAGUCUGAAGUCAGCGUGUGUGGCUCGGCUGCCCUAGUGAAUGUGUCCUUUAUUUUUAAGCUGAGUGAAUAUUCUUAGAAGGCCUCAAAAUUAUGACAAGGUUUUUGAAAGCUGUAUAUAGUAAUAUAAAAUUAAGGCCCUCAUAGCUACAAGUUCAUAAAUUAGGUAAGCCAUUCAUUUUGUUCGUAUUCUUUAAUUAACAAUGACAAUGCUCUGACGAAAAGCAUUGAAACUGUAUUCUUUGCUCAUUAGCCUUUGUCCUGCUGUUACUUUCUUGUGAUCCUGCCAUUGCUCUGCCAGUGACAAAAGGAUAUUUACUGCCUGUGGUCUGUUCCUCCUGAAUCUGAAUGAAUGUAGCGCCUAUCUGCUAGUUGUAUAAUUUUGGCUACGUUAUUUAAUAUGCUUCUCCACAGUUAGGAAAUUAUGGCAGUCCUAGAGUUGAGAAAUAAAAGCCCAUACUGAGUAUUAGCUAAAUCUUCUUGCUGUCACUUCUCUUUUCAGUCAUCAUAUCUUAAGCUGGCUGCAUCUGGAAGGACUCUGGGGAGGGGAAAAAUAGGAUCAAAAUAUAGUUAAAUCUAAAGUUAAAUAAUAAUAUUUCUACAUAGUCCAACGUGUUGUAUUGUUUUCUGGUUCUGAAGUUUUUACCUUUGAAAAGCUAGUUAGCAUUCUGAAUGUUCCUGAAUUUGUAAAAUCAUUUGUGUUGAAAAUGAAACCAAAUAAAUCAGAGGUACUAUACCAACAAAUUCAGAGUUAGAAGACAGGUUUUAUAAACCUGAAUGUUCAGCCGAGUCUGGUGGCAAAAGCCAGUGGUCUCUCAGUAGAUCAUGAAUUCAAUUCCUGCCUGGGCUAUAUAACUAGAAUUUUGUCUCAAGGGACAAAGAAGAACAAAUGUUUCCUGGAUAAUUGUCAAGUAGAUAGUAUGAAACUUUCUGCAUUUUUGAUUGCCACUGUACAAGUGAAAAGGAAUUGUGAGAAGAGAGUUUGUAAACGGGGUGUUUGCUUUUGAGAGAGGGUCCUACUGUGUCCUCUGGCCAGCCUAGAUUCCUGUGUGCAGGUAGAUAAGGCUUGCUUUGAACUCAGAGACCCCCCUGCUUCUGUUUUCCCAAUGCUAGAGUAAAGGUGUGUACCGUCAUACUCAACUUAAGGUUUGUCCUUGUAAGGGCAGAUAAGGGCUUUGGAGCCUGUCUGAUUGUAUAACCAUGUGAAACACUAAGGUUUGCAGGCUCUUAAAGUCAGGUCCGCUGCCUAACAAACUUUGAAUAUUUUAUUUUAAACUGAAAUAUUAAUAGUAUUUUCUCCUUUCUUGCCUGAUAAGGCCAUUGUAAAAGUAUUCUUUAUAGGGCUGGAGAAAUUGCUCCACAGUUAAGAAUACUGUUCCUAGCACCCAGCUGUCUGUGAUUCCAUUUCCAGGGGAUCUGACACAUUCUGAUCACCACAGGCACCAGGCGACCAUGCGGUCUGCUUGUGUACCUAUAGGCAAGCGUGCAAGCAUGUAAAAGUAGUGUCCUUCUCCUUAGAAAGAGCAGUACGUAGUUUUUCUAAGCCUGUUGACACGCGUUCUCAUUGUCAGCGUUUUAUAAGUAUUUUGUGGGUGAAAAUCAAACUUUGGCAUUAUCUUGUGUGUUGUUUUAAGACAUUGGCAUCUGUCUUAGUUUGGGUUUUAUGCCAUGAACAGACACCAUGAACAAGGCAACUCUUACAGUUUCAGAGGUUCAACCCAUUGUCAUCAUGGUGGGAAGCAUGCAUCCAGGCCGACUGUGCUGGAGGAGCUGAGAGUUCUACAUACUCAAAGGCAGCAGCAGGAGACUUUCACAGGCAGCCAGGAGGAAGGGCUCAAACCCUACCUCCACAGGGCCACACCUCCUAAUAGUGCCAGGUCCUGGGAGCCAAGCAUAUUCAGACCAUCCCAGCAUCUAAGAUGAUGUAAUGCACAGGCCACAACUGUGUAGUUCUGACAGAUGAGGACAAGGGUGUCCUUGGUACCCUGAAAAAUGCCCUGCGUUUUCCUCUUGUUGACACCGAGCAUUUAAGCCCUUCCUUAAUACCAGCCCAACUGUAUUCUACAGGAUGCCGAUAAGAAGCUGACAAAUUAGAUCUUACUCCAUACAUCUUAUGUAUCUAAAUUUAUAAAAUGAACAGCAAGAAUACAGGGAAAUUGGAAAACUAAAAGUCAGAAAAACUCCCUCUCCACAAAGACCAUGAAUCCUAGGCAUGUAUAAGAUCUGCAUAGUAUGUUGGAUGUAUAUUAGUAUAUUCUAAUGUCAUUUGAAUGUUACAAAAGGUUAUGUAAGUUUUAAAUGACUCUUUAGUAAUUUUUUAAUGUUAGGCACAGGUCAGUGGUGUUGUUGAAUGGGCAUCUUUUCUCUUUCAGGUGAUAUCGGGAAUUAUUAUUACGGCCAGGGUCAUCCCAUGAAGCCCCAUAGGAUCCGGAUGACUCAUAACUUGCUUCUAAAUUAUGGUUUAUACCGAAAAAUGGAAAUAUAUAGGCCUCAUAAGGCCACUGCUGAAGAAAUGACAAAAUACCACAGUGAUGAGUAUAUCAAGUUUCUACGAUCAAUAAGGCCAGAUAACAUGUCAGAGUAUAGUAAGCAGAUGCAGAGAUUUAAUGUCGGAGAAGACUGUCCAGUGUUCGAUGGACUCUUUGAGUUUUGUCAGCUCUCCACCGGUGGCUCAGUUGCUGGGGCCGUGAAGCUGAACCGUCAACAGACUGACAUGGCUGUCAACUGGGCGGGAGGACUGCACCACGCCAAGAAGUCAGAGGCCUCAGGAUUCUGCUACGUUAAUGACAUUGUGCUUGCUGUCCUCGAGCUACUGAAAUAUCAUCAGAGAGUCUUAUAUAUUGACAUAGACAUCCACCAUGGUGAUGGUGUUGAGGAAGCUUUUUAUACAACAGAUCGCGUGAUGACCGUCUCAUUCCAUAAAUACGGAGAAUACUUUCCUGGAACAGGAGACUUGAGGGAUAUUGGUGCUGGAAAAGGAAAGUACUACGCUGUCAACUUUCCCAUGAGGGACGGUAUAGAUGACGAGUCAUAUGGACAGAUAUUUAAGCCUAUAAUCUCAAAAGUGAUGGAGAUGUACCAGCCGAGCGCGGUGGUGCUGCAGUGUGGCGCUGACUCCCUCUCUGGUGACAGGCUGGGCUGCUUCAACCUAACUGUCAAAGGUCACGCUAAAUGUGUAGAAGUAGUGAAAACUUUUAACUUGCCGUUGCUGAUGCUUGGCGGAGGUGGCUACACAAUCCGGAAUGUUGCUCGAUGUUGGACGUAUGAGACUGCAGUUGCCCUUGAUUGUGAAAUUCCCAAUGAGUUGCCAUAUAAUGAUUACUUCGAGUAUUUUGGACCAGACUUCAAACUGCAUAUUAGUCCCUCAAACAUGACAAACCAGAACACUCCAGAAUAUAUGGAAAAGAUAAAACAGCGUUUAUUUGAAAAUCUGCGAAUGUUACCACAUGCGCCUGGUGUUCAAAUGCAAGCUAUUCCAGAAGAUGCUGUUCAUGAAGACAGUGGUGAUGAGGAUGGAGAAGACCCUGACAAGAGAAUUUCUAUUCGAGCAUCAGACAAGCGGAUAGCUUGUGAUGAAGAGUUCUCAGAUUCUGAGGAUGAAGGUGAAGGAGGUCGUAGGAAUGUCGCUGAUCAUAAGAAGGGAGCCAAAAAAGCCAGGAUUGAGGAAGACAAGAAGGAGGCGGAGGACAAGAGGACAGGUCCGUCUGUGCUGGUGACGCUCCUUUUCACUGCUUACGGGUGCACUGUAUCUUUAGAGACCCACAGGGUCAGAUGGGUGCGUUCAGCGGGUAACUAGCUUUUCCUCCUGGAAGUGAUGUUUACCUCUUAUCCUUAUUGGUUAAUGCUUCAGAACUGACUUAAAGCUCUGAGAAUGCUCACAUUUUCUUUGAGGUGUAGAGAUCUCUCGUCUUAAUAACAGACAGAAAUAGUAGGUGCUGCAUACCAUAGAAUGGCUAGGGAAGGACAGUGGCUGCAGAUGACGGCCUCAGGACGUCUACCAUAGCCUAGGUGGGCUCGGGCCCGGUGUCCUCUGCCUCGCCUCUUAAUACACGUGGAUUGGAGGCAUGCCAGUAGACCCGGCCAAUUCUAAAAUAAUUUAUAACUGGUUCAAGUCGGUUCGUGAAACAAAAGUUAAGCUCCAUAGUCCUUUGAAAAGUUGCUUUAAACAUGAAUAUUCUUCAGGAACUGAAGAGAAUGCCGCUGAGGAAAGAUAGGAAGGAAGGGGCUAAGGAGCUGGGCCGUGGAGGAGAGCUUCUGACAUCUUACUAUGUUUCAGAGCGUUGUAUUUAGCAUGACAUUUCAGCCCCUCAUUAGAGAUCUUCCAUGUUUUGUUGCUGUGCUGAACUACUCAUGGGCUUGCCUGUCUUCACUAGGCCUCACUGUAGACCGGGCUGCUCUGGCCACUUACUUGACCGUGGACUCAGGCCAUUGUCCAUCUUCUCAAACCUGGGUGCUGGGACUUGAGAAAUGUGCCACCACACCCAGCUCGGUUUCUUUUCAUUUUAAAGAAUCUUCUACAUUUUCUUUCUUUUUUUCCCAAACAGGAAAGUGAUGGGGUAAAAUUGACUCUUACUAUUUUAGACAAAAUUAGUGCUCUUUCAGAUUAAAAAGAAAGAUCUAUGGGUCAAAACCUAAAAUAAGAACCACCACCAUCCCCCCUUUGGCACUAUGAGUAAAAGUUUAGUUAGCCAAGACACUAAAAUGUAAAGCCUCGGUUGUCGGCACGUAGGUUUGUGUGCACGUAGGUUUGUGUGGAAGGCACUAGCAAGUGCCCUGCGGGGUCUGCAUUACCCAAGCUGCUGCUGUCGCUGCACCUGACAUUAGGCCAUUGCUUCACAACUAAUUUACACAGAGAAAACACGGGAUAUCUGCGGCAGCUACUUCUAUUACUAUAUUUAGCUUAGGAAGUUCAAUUUAGUGAUAAUGGGACUUAUCUACUGUGGGCCAGCAAGGUGUCUCUGCAGCCGAAGGUGCUGCCAAGCCUGGCACGCCGGCCUCUGCCUGUUAGAGGAAGACGACCAACUCCUCCACGCUGCCUUCUUACAUCCCUGUGGAUGUCAUGCCCAAACACAUGCACGUGCGCGCACACAGUAAAUAAAUAAGUAAAAAUAAAAACAACAUAAUUUAACCUCUUGACUUUAGGAUCACAUCCUUCUUACAGCGUAGAUGCAGUUCUCUUCAGCUUGUUCUGUCUUCUUGCCACUGUCCAUGCCUCAGUCCUUUUACAUUUCUCUGGAAGAUAGCUCUUCCCUCAGAGUUUGUUCCUUCUUUAGGACCCGAAUUCCAGUGUUCUUCCCUGCCCACAGCUCUCCUGACCUGUGUCGUUCCUCUGUGUUCUGAAGUUCUUCAUAGUACCUGUGAUGCUGUGAUACUUCUGAACCAAAGCUAGAAAGGGUGAGCACACACAAUCACAUAGCUAGUGAGUCCUGCACCACUCACCUCAGAACCGGACACAGUUCAUGAAGAGUGAGAUUGUAUAGCGUAGAUAUAUACAUAUAUAUGUCUUACAUUUUAAAAUAGUAUUAAUCUUUUUCUUGUCUUUAGAUGUUAAGGAAGAAGACAAAUCCAAGGACAAUAGUGGUGAGAAAACAGACACCAAAGGGUGAGUGAUGCUUCUGUCUUGGGGCUUGGGGGAAGGGCAUGCAUACUUCAGAAAUGCUGGCUCAGCCUGAGAACUGAGUGUGGGUAGUGUGUCCAAGACUACUUCCCCCGUAAUGAUAGGUGGUGCUUUUCAGGAUGCUCAAAUCCUGUGCUCGGAAGAAACAUUGGGUUGAGAGAAAGCCUGUUUGAGGAUUUUAUUCGUCAGAAUGCAUGAAUGACUAGAGGCUGCAGUCUGUAAUCUCAGUACACUGAGGAGGCUGAGGCCAGAAGAUUGCUGUGAAUUCAAAUCCACACUAAGCUAUGUAGAAUGUUAAGUCUUCAUUCUGGGCUUAAGAGUGAGAUUCUGUGUUAGAAGGAAGCAUGUGUGCUAAUUUUUACGGUUAACUUGGAAUGCUCAGUUGUAAAACAGUAGGAAAAAUUAAGAUGUUUCCUGCUCAGAGAAAACACUGAGUUACUUGGUAUGAAUCUAUAAGAAUGGAUGAGUAGCUGUGCUCUUUAACCAAGACUGUUAUUUUUAAUAUUUCAUGAUCCUCCUUAACAGAGCCAAAUCAGAACAACUCAACAACCCUUGAAUUUGACUCCCCAACCUUAGGAACCUCGAAAAGUGAGACGAUUCUGGGAUAAGAAACCUUCGCUGUUUGAGGAAGUUUGGCUUCAUUUUAUACUGUUUUGGCAUGGACUGUAUUUAUUUUCAAAAUGGCUUGUUUUUGGUUUUCCUUGGCAAGUUUUAUUGUGAGUUUUUCUAAUUAUGAAGCAAAUUUUUUUCCACCAUGCUUUAUGUGAUUGUAUUUAAAUUGAUGUGUUAUUAUGUCAAAAAAAAAAAACCGGAUCUAUUAAAGAAACAAUUGGCCUUUCUGAGCUGAUUUUUCCAUCUUUUGUAAUUAUCUUUAUUAAAAAAUUGUACUUGGA